UCAAGAAAUUUCAUAUAUUUCAUACAUCUUCAGCAUGGCCUGCAUUUGUGAGUUGUUUUCGGUGGGCAUUUAUUUAGUGGGAUUAGGGGCAGUGGCCCUUUUCUUAUACGACAAUUUGAAAUCGGCGAUAACAGUAAUAAAAUCGAUUUUGGAACCUUAUUUUCAACCUCAGAUACCACAAAAUUUGGUGGACAAAUAUGGAAAGUGGGCAGUGAUUACCGGAGCUACCGAUGGCAUUGGCAAAGAAUAUGCUAAAGAGUUGGCUAAACAAGGAGUUAAUGUUGUGCUCGUUUCACGUACUAAAGAAAAAUUAAUAGCAGUAUCAAAUGAAAUUGAAGCCGAGUAUAAAGUUAAGACAAAAUGGAUUGCAGCAGACUUUUCCCAGGGCAAAGAGAUCUACAAGCAUAUAGAACAAGAAUUGGCGGGCAUACCAGUGGGUAUAUUAGUCAACAAUGUGGGCAAAAUGUAUGAUUAUCCCGAUGAAUUGGAAAAAAUACCCGAAGAUAUAUUAUGGGAUUUAAUUAAUAUUAACAUAGGAGCUGUUACUCUUAUGUCACGCAUGUUAAUAUCCCACAUGAAGAAACAGGGCAAGGGGGCCAUUGUAAAUAUUUCCUCAGGCAGUGAACUGCAACCCAUACCAUAUAUGGCUGUCUAUGCUGCCACAAAACGUUAUGUUCGUGCAUUUUCAUUGGCCAUUGAACGAGAAUUGGCCGAAUAUAAUAUCGAUGUACAGUGUGUGACACCUUUGUUUGUGGUCACCAAAAUGAAUCAAUAUUCCGAUACGGUAAUGAAGGGCAACAUCUUAAUACCUCAUGUCCAAUCGUACACUCGUUCCUUAGUGUUUACUUUGGGUAAAACUGUUGAAACGACCGGUUAUUGGAGCCAUGGCUUACAGUAUUUUGUUAUGAAACUAUCACCCGAAUGGCUGAGAACACGCAUUAGCCACCGCAUGACUAGACAGUUAAGGGACGAGUACUUUAGUACUCACGGUAAAAAUAAGGUGGCAUAAUUAAAAACUAAAAUUUAUGAUAAGACUGUUUUUAAUUUUUGUUUAGUUAAGUGUUAGUUUUAAUUGCAUUGUAAAUAUAUUUGUUUUUUUCACCUUUUCAUCUAUAAAUCAAUAAAUAUUUCAUUUUAAAUUAUGUA